GAGAAGUUCGGGAUUGAAAACAGAAAAAAAGUACAAACAAAAAAUAUAAAGUAAAAUUAACGCAUGGAGAUUAGAGACGAGCUGAGGUCUGGAGGCAUUUAUGUUUUUUUCAUACUUCUAUAUUCAGUUGGGCGAGACCGGACAUAGAAGGGACGACCAUUCCGGCGACAUGGCAGGUAAUUUGAUGGAGGAGUAGAUUUCUGACUCCUUCCACAUUUCUCUGAAGAGUGGCUCCAUGCAACUCCCCCAGUCGAUAACACGUUUUAGUGAGUCUUGUUAGGGACCCAAGAACCCCGAUUGUCGCAAUGCCAAUCUUGGAAGAUAUACGGGGGGAGGAGAAAGACCCUAAAAUAUUGGGGUGCCGUCGUCGAACACGUUGGCAAUAAAAGGGGCAUCAACAUCGUCAAGGGCGUUUGAUGAGUCCAGAAGCAACUUUGUACCUCUAUCAUUGUGGUCAUAAAAGGGGAAUAAGAUGCUGUGUGGUAAUAUUUUGCGACGUUUAAUGCGUUUGAUUUGUUAGAGUGAUUUUAAAAUCAUAAUUUUGAUUUUAAUUUUGAUUUUGAUUGUGGAAAAAAAUAAAUGAGAUAGUAUUAUAAAUUUGACUUGGGAAACGUGUGUUUUUGUUGUUUAGUGGAUAGAGUUAAAAUUAAAAUCACGAUUCUAAAAACACUUUUAAAUUUCAAACACUUUUAGAUUUUUGAGGAUCGAGUUUAGGCUGGACAUGAAGGGGCCUGGUUGCGGGGCACAUCGAGGUGCAAUUGGAUGCUGUGCCAACGAUGUUCUUUUCUGGGAUUUUCAAUGGCUUUAAUUUUGCGUUUAUUGUUCACGCUCAAAUUCGCACGAGCGGCAUGAUGGGUUUGUUAGAGUCCUUUUUGUCUCAUAAAUCAAUUUGGUGGGCCCGUUUGAUUUCAGAAUCAUGAUUUUAAUUUUAAUUCUACCCACUAUAUAAUAAAAAUACACGUUUCCCAAUUCAAAUUUAUAAUGCAAUCUCAUUUGUCAUUUUUCACAAUCAAAAUCAAAAUCAAAAUCAAAAUCAAAGUUAUUUUAAUUUUGAAACCAAACGGACUCACAAACUAUAUAUGUGAAUCCGAAUUGGAGAAUUGAAAUUCAUGGGUGAAUUUGCUCCGUUUUCACCCAAACAUACUUUAUUUUAAAUAUAAUAAUAAUAAUAAUUGUUCUUUAAAGUGGAAAUUUUAAAAUCAUAAUUGUGAAUAUCUUUUCAAAAUUUAUCUGUAAUUUAGAAUAUAACCAAAUCAAGAAAACACCAGGGCCGUUACGCCAGUUUAGGAUACAGAAUAACAUCAUAAAUCGAGUAGAACACAUAAUUUCCUAAUCAAAUAUCUGAGAUAUUGUUUUUUGUAAUCAGACAUAAUCAGCUUAGGAAACAGAAACAGAAUCACAUCAGGAUUCUAUUUAAAACACGUAAUAAUUUCCUAAUCUAUAACUAUUACAGACGAUUCUGUUGGUUUACCCAUAUAUAUAUAUAUAUAUAUAUAUAUAUAUAUAUCUGGGCAGCCUUCGGAAUAUGAUCCUUACGCACCAAACAAAAUCUAUUCCUCUUUGAAGCCGCAGAUUUUCAAUCCACUAACAAUGCCGCAAGCUGAUCGAUUGAGCGACAACCUCAUCUUCGAGAUCUUGACUCGCGUGCCGCUGGAGACUGUGGGGAGGUGUAGAGCGGUAAGUCAACAAUGGAACAGAAUCACGUACGAGCCAAGCUUCAUGGAUCUCCAUCCCCCUAGAACCCGGACUAUCGCCGGUUACUUUGUCCAGGGCUCGGUUUAUUGCAACUACUGGUCGGGGUUCGUGCCAGUAGCCGGGGAACCACUUGACAUCUCCCUCGGUUUCUUGCCCCAGCCCGUGAGGAUCGAGGCAUGUGAUCGUGGGAUACUGCUCUGCAGGAAGAGACGGAGCGACAGUGCACCUUACGUCCCGCAGUACUAUGUGUGUAAGCCGAGUACUAAGGAAUGGGUGAGGAUACCGAACCCGAAGACCAAGUACCCCACGGUAAUAACCUCCAUGGUGGUGGUCAGAUCGAAACCCAAAUAUCUCCACUACAAAAUACUUCGAAUCUCGAAGCACCAGGCGCAGUCUUAUGAUUGGGAGCUGCUCCGGUGUGAGAUUUUUGACUCGAAGGACUGGACCUGGAAGCGACUCGCAGACAUGAAUAUUCUGGACGAGUAUGUGUUUAGUUCUUAUCAGAAUCCAGUCGUGGUUGGAGGAAGAGCUUUCUGGCUCACAAUGAAGGGAUACUUGUUCAUGUUCGAUAUGUUCAAGGAGACCUGGCGUAUCUUACCGGAGCCGAUUGCGGGUGUAAAUAAGGAGUAUAACCGGCAUGCACGACUCUUGAACCAUGAAGGGAAGCUCGCCCUGCUAUUAACGGGUAUGGACAGCUUCUUCGAACUCUAUGUCAUGGAGGAUCUCCGUGGCCCACUCUGGGGGAAAAGAAACAGUGUCUGUUUGGAAGAGAUGGGCCGCCCACUGGCACUUUACAGUGCUAAUGUUGCUCUGACGCAAGGGUUUUUCAAGGUCUCACUUUGCAGAUCCUGGCCUGGCCAAACUGCCAAUGUGUUCAUGACGAAGUGCGUGAGGGUCGAACAAGUUUUUCCGUUCUUUUCGGACUCAGAGCCGAGCAAUUUCGCGGCUCCCACCAAGCAUUUCCACGAAAUCACCACGCGACAUCAUAAUGCUUUGGGAGGCAGUUCUGUGAAAACAUCUCGGGGGAGGCGGAUCGGGAUGCCAUACAAAAUGAUUCUGAUAUCUGCAUUUUUUCUAAUACUAGCAGUUUGUUUUCGUAAUAGAUGAGACUUUCUAGCAGUUUGAGUUGUGGCUGGACACAAAAUCUUACUCGUCGGGCUGAUUAUACAAGUAUCUUUUUGGAUGUGCAAUAUUGGCAUGAGGAUGCUACUUGAGUUACAAGUCAAAGUCUUGCCUAUUUGAACUCGAUUGAUUUGAACAUCG